AAACAAUGGAUGUAAGUUGUGUUCUGUCAGUGAAUCAAUUCUUGUAUGUGAGCCGCAUCUACAAGGACAAACUACAGCGCAUACUGGAUGAGAAUGAAGUUGAAAUCAGAUCAGAGGUCGUGAAAUUUGAAUCCAAGCGUAAAGAUGGAAAACCAAAUGAAGCAAAGACAAAGUUCGUAGAUCUUGUCCAGGAUUGCUUGGCUGAUUUCAGUGGUUCAGUUUUUUCUCCCAUCUCUUCAGAUCCAGAUCAGUUGAACAGAGCAUUGGAAGUCAUCAUGAACAAGGAAAGCAAACUUUUAGCCAACAUAUCCUCUAAAGAAAUAAGAGUUUUUGGACCAAAUGGCCAGCGAACGUUUCUUGAUUCAAUGUUAAAACCAUCACAUAAAACUAGCACUGGUUAUGAAGAGUCUGAACGUUGGUCUUCGUCUUCAAACAUCAGUGGUGAUCUCCUGGUGAAAAUCAACAUGACAAUCAAAGAUGAUCUUGCUGAUGAAGGUCUGACAAUAGAUAAGAACCAGUGGAAAAACCUGAAGUCUUCUUAUGAUAACCACCUUAAAGUGAUCAAAGCUAAGUUCAAUGUGGAUUUUAAGGAAUCCAGCAUCAGUGAGGGCAAAGUUAAUGUCAAACCAUCAUAUAAAGGACAUGGAGGAAACCCAGCAAUGGAGAACCAUGCUGUCAGAGCUCUGCUGCAUCUGUACCUGAAGACGUCACCCAUGCCACUUCAUGCCACUAGAUUCAGUGGUUCUAAAGAGGCGUCCAAUGGAACUAAAAUAAACAGUCAUUUAACUAAAAACAGAGAAGAAUCAGUGGGAGAGGCUGAAACAGGGGACAACAAAGAUGACAAAUAUUCUGUAGGUUUUAACCAGCUUACCAACAAGAAGCAACUGAAGUGGAAGCAUGAAUCUUUCGUGGAGAUCCUGCAAACAGCAGAUGAUGCUUCAGCGAUGCUGCCAACUUCUCUGACACCUUCAGUAAACAUCAAAGCUGCUGUUUCAGAGCUCCCAGAAAACACUAGAACACAGGAUAAGGUCCUCCCCAGGAAACAGGGUAAUCCAUACACCCUUACAGCGGCAACCCUUCCUGCUAUAAAGGUUAAAGAUCCAGCUGAAGAAAGUUGCCUUCUGUCUCUGAAUUACGUCUGGUACAUUAGUCGCAUCUGCAAGGAAGGAAUUAAACAGAUUGAGAGGAAGAAUAAAAUUAAAAUGGUGGCACAGGCCCAUGUGACAUUUAAAGCUGAACAGGAAGAUGGAAACCCCCAUGAAGCUCGCAAUGAGUUCAUUAAUCUCUCACAGAGCUGCUCUGCUGAUUCAGGUGAGGCAGUGAUUCCUCUCAAGUUUGUAGAUCCAGAUCAGUGGAGUGAUGCAUUAAAAGUCUUCAAGAGAAGAAAGGACAAACUUUUGCUCACCAUGUCAUCUGACGAAGUUAUUGUUAGUGGUCCAAAGCAAAGCCAAGAUGAAUUCAGUGCAGUCCUGAAUGCGAUGCAGAAGACAAACACCUAUUGAACAACACGAACCUGCUACAGAUGGCACAUUACUAAGGAUGACAAGCAUGACCAAAAAAAGAGCCACAAGUUGAGACAAAACUGCCAACAGAGAACAUCAAAGUCAGGAAAAGAUAUACAUUAGUUCUCUCCUCUCAGGACCUUUAAUUUAUACUCCAAUAAAUCCAAUCAUUAAUUAUCAGAGGAAAAAGAACACUCUUAACAGUGUUGUGAAAAUUGGUAUAGAGUGGUGAGGUCUUUCCAGGCUAAUGCAGAAAACAUCAUAAAAGCCUGAGAGACGUAAGUAAUUGUAUUUUGA